AUGCCUAGGAAAAUUGAGGAAUUCAAGGACUUUCUGCUCACAGCCUGGCAGAAGGAAGUCAAGACCAAGAAGAACAAGGAUAAUGUGAAGGUCAAGGUUCGAUGCAGCGGGCUCCUUUACAGCCUGGUCAGCACAGACAAGGAGAAGGCAAAGAGGUGGAAGCAGUUCUACCCCCCUGGUUUGGCAGUGAAGGAGCUGAAAUGA